CGCGAUGUGAUACGCCCUUUCCCGAGAGUUGCACAGUCCUUGUAUAUCACCCCACGUCCCCAUCGACGAAUUCACACUGUUUCGUCACCCCGGUGAUCAGCACCCUCCCCACCUUCGUCGCCAUCGCACUCGCCGGCACCUCGCCAUUAUAUGUCCGGGAUGGGCGCUCGAGUACAUCUCCCUCAGGACGCUGAUCGCCGCGAGCAGGUAAACACACCACAGCACGCUGCGCAACGGCCAGUGGGCGCGACGCAGCGGCGUGUUUGGACGUCGUGACGUCGGGCUGGUCGACAGAUAGUUGCUCGUGGUGUUGGACUGGGAUCUGGGUGCAGGGGAGCAAGGGAUUACCGUGCAAUGGCAUGCGGUCAUGGGGCUGCAAGACCUGAUGAUGACAUCGGUUGAUGCUAUGAGGAUGGCGAUCUGGCCGGCCUCGGAAAUCGUAUCGCGUGACUUUCGUGGCAAUGUUCAAAGCAAGAUAUGGAGAGGUCAUUUCGUGGUUGCGGUACGAGCGCUUCAGUCAAAUUCUGGGACGGAGUUUGUCUAGCGGGAAGUACGAGUUGUACAUGAUCCAAUAUCUAUUUUCUCUCUCUGCGGUGGCUCCCGUGGGUUAAAAUUGACGUCGGACUUCUCGUCAUACGUGGCCUCGGGAUAGUCCAAGUAUCCGAUCGACGGCUCAAAAUCGCCCCCGUAGGCAUGCGGCCAGUCUACCUCAUUAUCAAGCGGCUUUCCCGCCUGAACCCUCCAUGCCAAAUCCGAGUGCGACAUCCAGGGGAUGCCAAUCGACACAGCCGGGAACCUCCCACUCCCCACCCACUCGAUCGCCUCCGCAGGCGUGAUCCCGCCAUUGGGGAUCAUCGGCGUGUUCUUCAGAAAUGGCGCGUAGGUCUCCAGUACGUCGUGCGGGGUCCCGCGCUUCGCGGGGUCGAGGAAGUCGAGAUAGCGCACGAUGCAGACGUACGCCAGUCCGAGCUUGUCGACCUCCUUGAGCAGGUAGCCGAACGUCGCAAUCGUGUCGUCCAGCGCAAAGCCCAUAUCGUUGUACCCGCCGCCUGGGUUGAUCUUGAGCCCCACAUUUGGGCCCCACACUCUACACACGGCUUUCAUGAUCUCGAGCGCGAACCGGGCCCGAUUCUCCGGGCUGCCACCCCACUUGUCCUUGCGUAGGUUGGCGGUCGGGUCGAGGAACUGGUGGAUCAAGUAUCCCAUGGCCCCGUGGACUGUGAUGCGAUUCAGCGAUCAGUUGCGAACGAACGAAGCAAUGCAGGUGGCGCCCACUUUCGAGACCGUCGAACCCGGCUUCUUUAGCAUUUACCGCCGCAAUUCUGAACAAUUCUACGAUCUUCAUGGGGUCGGGGAUCUCCGUCGGCUGUGCAACAGGAUGAGCACACACACAGGUCUUUCAGUCACGGCUAGAAGUCACUGACGGUCUGGUAGCCCGGUAUUCCGGGCAGGAAUCGGAAUUUUCCACCGGCAGCGCGAACGGCGGAUGGGGCCCAAACGGGCUGCGAUCCAGAUCAAAUUCGGCGACUGCCUCGUCCAAUCCGGAGACGUACCUCUCCUGAAGCGAUCUGAUGGGGCGCGUCGGGGUGGCAUGCACGCCCACCUGUUCACAUGAGCCUGGGCUGCUGAUCGGGGAGUUCUCGUCGAGACCUUACCGUGCAUGAUCUGGCAAUAAAUCCGCCCGCCCGCCGCAUGCACCCCGUCGACGACGUUCUUCCAUCCUGCGGUCUGCUCUUUGCUCCAGAUCCCGGGCGAGUUGGCCCACUCAGUUCUGGUGCGUCAUCCCGGUCAGCU